CGGUUAACAAUAUUAUUGUCUGAGCUUACUGAGCGGACAGAUCUGUUCUCAAUCGGAUUAUUUUUUAUUGUGUGAUAAUGGAUGACGAUUCUCAACAAUUUUCUUUACGAUGGCAUAACCACCAGGUAGAUACACAGAGGACGGUGUUAUCUGAGCACACACUCACACGAACACCACACUACAAAUGGUGCAAGACUGCAGCGAGCCCUACCUAAAUAAUGUUUUUGAAGAAUAUUGCCUUAUUUGAUGAGCAUUAUCGGUGCUCUCGGACGCAUGUUAGAGUCAGGCGCUCUGAGUGACGUCACGCUCAGUGCAAAUGGAGUAUCCCUGAAGGCCCACAGACUAGUGUUAGCUGCUUGCAGUCAAUACUUCGAACAGAUUUUCAAGGAUCUAGAAGACAACACUGUUGUCGUCAUCUUGGACUGUGAUGCUUCAGACUUGCGUCAACUUCUUACAUUCAUGUACACUGGUGAAGUGACCGCGGCGAGAAAGAAUUUGCCUUCGCUAUUGCGACUGGCGCAGUCCUUACAAGUGUCCGGACUUACUGAUGCAAAUUAUGACUCCACUGCUCUACCGCGUGAAAAUGAACCUCUUAAAGAAGUACCGAACGAUGCUCCUAUUAACUUAGAUGUUUCAAACAAAGAAGAUACAGAGAAAUUUUUUGAUAAAGAGCUGUCGGAAAUUACAAGAAAUGAUAAACUGAGUAAAUUAGACCAAAUAGUUCAAAAUCUGUACACUUCACAUAAAAUUGGGAAUAUGACGACGCCAAUGUUAUCACAGCCUGUGCUCCAGAGCUUAACGGAACCAUCAAUAUCCCAAAUGGAAUAUGAAAAGAAAUGGCGUGGUGGAUCAAUAUGUACAAUAUGCAACAAGCGUCUUAGUAAUCAAUACAACCUGCGCGUGCACAUGGAAACACACGCUGGAAGACGUCACGCAUGUCGCGCGUGUUCGCAUGUCUCUCGAUCACGUGACGCAUUAAGAAAACACGUUGCAUAUAGGCAUGCACAUUCGAAUAAAAAUUCACUUUGACGAAAGCCAAGACCAAUAAAGGGCCUCGAUUUGGGGCCCCAAGUCCGUCCCUGUUUCAUUAUAUUUUUUGAAUCCCAACGUAUAUACCCAAGUGCUAUAAGUGUACUAAGAUUAAUUUAAUAAACUGUAAAAUAUUGCUCCCAUUACCGAUAUGAAGCAACUACUUUUGUUGCUUUUAUGUAGGUUUAAUAUGAAUGGUAUGUAGAAAAAAAAUCACCAUAUUUCCAGUCAUCAUUAUUGUUACGUAACUUAAUUUAUUUUAUUAUUUAAGUAUUCAACUACUAUGAUUAUGGAUAAUAAAAAUACAAGUACAAGUGUA